AAACCAACGUGUAAGAACAAAAUGGUGGAGAAAACAAACAUUGGUACGGCAGCAACAACUGUCAACAUGGACGACAGUGCCGAGGAUGCAAAUAUUGCUCAAGCUGGGAGCACUCAUGAGGAGUUUGCUGAGGUAGACGAGGUGAAAGGACUCAUCACAAGUCUUGCAACAGUUUACAACGACCAAAUACCAAUGGAAUUAGCGGUGGAAAAGUUUACUUUUAUCGUUGAUAAAUACCAGGAGCAGCCUCACUUGCUGGAUCCACAUCUUGAAGGAAUGCUUCUUCCUCUAUUGGAUACUGCUCGAGAUACAAAAUCACCACCUGGACUGUCUCAUCUUGCGUUCAAGUUCCUCUAUUUACUUACCAAGGCACGAGGUUUCAAGACAGUUAUCAGGAUUCUUCCUCAUGAAGUCGCCGAUAUGGAACCAGUCUUGGCUAUGUUGGACAGGCAGGAUCCAGCCGACUUCACGACCUGGGAGACUCGUUACAUACUACUGCUAUGGAUGUCCAUAAUCUGCAUGAUACCAUUUGAUAUGGCUAAACUAGACAGUAAUGCGCCGAUAGAUGAGGACGGGCGGAAGAAAGAGCCAACUAUGAUAAGAAUCAUCAAUGUAGGAAAGAAAUAUCUUCAAGUGUCUGAUAAGUCCAGAGAUGCCGCUGCAUUAAUGAUCUCAAAAUUUCUUACACGGCAUGAUGUUAAACAGCAACAGCUACCGAGCUUUCUGGACUGGUGUCUGCGAACUCUGUCUGAUACAGAUUAUGAGACAAUGUCUGGUAUGGCACUGCUUUCAGGGGUGCUUGCCUCAUUGGCUUCGUUGUUCAAGCUCGGUAAAAGAGAGGACAUUGUAGAUUAUGCUCCUGCUGUAUUGGAGAGGCUGGUAGCCUGUAAACUGUUGAGCAGUGAAAAUACUCAGAUCCGCAAGCUGGCUAUGAAGCUUAUCCAACGGUUAGGCCUGACAUUCCUCAAGACGAGGACCGCUGCCUGGAGAUAUCAGAGAGGAAGUCGAUCUUUAGCGGAGAACCUGAAGGCACAAGAUGUGGCUCCCAUAGCUGUAGCUACUGGUGGCUCUCAGAUUGCUAAGGAAGAUGAUGAUGGUGAUUAUGAUAUACCAGAGGAAAUAGAAGAUGUAAUCGAGCAACUUCUCGUUGGUUUGAGGGACAAAGACACAAUAGUGAGAUGGUCUGCAGCAAAAGGUAUUGGUAGAAUGACUGGAAGGUUGCCGAGGGAGUUGGCUGAUGAAGUGACCGGUUCCAUGUUGGAGCUCUUCAGUUUGCGUGAGUCUGAUGGGGCGUGGCACGGUGGAUGUCUUGCUUUAGCUGAGCUUGGACGACGUGGGUUACUCCUCCCAGAAAGGUUACCAGAAGUUGUGCCUGUCGUCUUGAAGGCUCUCGCCUAUGAUGAGAAGAGGGGGUCGUACAGUGUUGGUGCUCAUGUGAGAGAUGCAGCUUGCUACGUCUGCUGGGCAUUUGCUAGAGCCUACGAUCCUAAAGACAUCCAGGACCAUGUGAAUAAUCUGGCCUCGGCUCUCAUCAUCACCACAGUCUUCGAUCGAGAAGUCAACUGCAGACGAGCUGCUUCGGCUGCAUUCCAGGAGAAUGUCGGACGUCAAGGCACGUUCCCCCACGGAAUUGAUAUCCUGACAACCGCCGACUACUUUGCAGUCGGUAACCGAAGUAACACGUAUCUCAACAUCAGCUGUUACAUCUCUGACUUUGAAGAGUACACCAUACCACUGAUUGAUCAUCUGGCCAAAGUCAAGACCGGUCACUGGGAUGGUGCAGUGAGGGAGCUGACAUCCCAGGCAUUGUACAAGCUGACAGAAAAAGCACCAGACUAUAUGAUUGAAACAGUCCUUCCGUCGCUGAUACCCCUGACCACUGGGAUAGAUAUCUACACCAGGCAUGGUGCACUUCUGGCUGCUGCAGAGGUUACUCAUGCACUCUGUAAAUACGCUGAAGAGAAAAGCCGCUCUAUUGCUGAUGUGCUUGGAGCUUCCAGUGUCAAUGGUCUGAAGGAGAUAGUCAGAAAGAUGGUGGAUGCUAAGAUGUUUCGUGGGUUGACUGGAGAGGUUCUUCGGCCGGCUGUCUGUAACUUCAUUGAGAAGAUGUCCCUCUCCAAGAUGCCCUUCCAUGGAGAUGAUAUCUUAGAUGUAUGGAAGGAAGUGUUAGAUGACAACAUCGUUGGUGUGCAAUAUACACAGAUAGACGUACAGAGCUCCGCAGUCAGUGCAUUGACAGCGGUAUCAGUGGAAUACUACCAACAAGAUAAGAUUCUACAGAAGUAUCUGGAUGAAUUGAGCAAUAGUCAAGAGAAGGCGAGGAUGGGAGCUGCAAUGGCACUGGGAAGCCAGCCCAAGUUCAUGAUUCAAUCGCAACUCAUGAAGGUUUUCCAAGGGUUAAUCAAGGCCUCCACAGUCAGCCCUGCAGUGGAGAAGUUUGCUGAGUCCAGGAGAGAUGCAGUGACUGCAAUAGCAAAGAUUUGUAAUACUGUUGGUGUGAAGGCAGACGGCCAUCCUGCUAUGGUGAUUUGCGGAGAUAACAUCGGAAUGGUGUACUCUGCCAUGCUUACUGCAAUGAAAGAUUACACUAAAGACAGCAGAGGGGAUGUGGGCGCAUGGGUGAGGGAAGCGAGUAUGUCAAGCUUACGAGAGAUCACCAGCUUAGUCACCAAGGAGGCCCCAAGUCUACUCAUUCCAGAAAUAAUACUGCAGAUAAUGCAGUGCCUGGUGCAGCAGGCAGCCGAGAAGAUUGAUAGAACCCGAGCAUGCGCCGGUGCGGCGUUCCUACAACUACUACACCAUGAACCGGAGGUGCCUCAUAUUCCAUGUAGGCAGCAACUCUUAACUAUAUUCCCAAGGUCUGAUGUUCAACAUUUGAACUGGAGCGCCCCGUCAAAGUCUUUCCCGAAGAUCACAAAGCUUCUUGCGUUUCCAGAAUACAGACCACACGUACUUCUGGGACUUACUGUUAGUGUAGGAGGUUUGACGGAAUCACUGGUUCGUCAUUCUGGCCAGUCCCUGUUGGCUUACCUCAAAGAUGUGACAACCAUCAGUGACAUGGGGGAGUUUGUGGAUUCAUUGCUGCAAGUCUUUGCUGAUAAUGAGAAAGUUGAGCGUGUAACCAUUCCGAUGAUGAAGAUGCUCGACAUGCUGCUGUCCAGCGGAUCUCUGGAGAUUUUCCUGGAACAAGAAGAUCACCCAUUCCCGAAGCAACUCCUGGACACGGUCAAGAAGGAGAUCUCUAAGAGUGGCAAUCCACAGAAGCUCUUGACCAGUAUUGACGUAUUUUGCGGCUUGGUUUUAUUCCCUGGUGUAACUCGAGGAAAAAGCUUGCUCCAACUUCUCAUCUUCCUGUGUCACAAGUACCCUAAGGUAAGUGUUUUGAGUUGUCUUUAAGAUGGCGGAGGUAUUGAGGUUAGAUCUCAAUGAUGAGGCCCUCGGGAGGAGGAUGCCACAUGUUUCAAAGUUCAUGAAGGGAUGUUCAGUUGAUUCC